AUCUGCAGAGCGCAUCCGCACGGUCGGGCAGGUUGGCCUCGAUCGCCCUGCAUCUGUCUUGGCCCGAUUGCUCGGCUGGCGGCCUCCUCAGCACCCUCUCUGAGCAUUGCCCCCAUAUCCCCUCAUCGCUGCCCCGUGUCGUCUUCCAGCAUGUCCGGAUUGCUCAAGUUCCUCAAGUCUUCCAAGCAGCGCCUGGCAUCCCUGCUCCAGUCCGCCCCCACACACCCUCGGCAUCGCAUCACCUUGGUUCUCGGCAACGAGGCCGCCGAUCUGGACUCGCUAGUGUCGUCACUCUCAUACGCAUAUCUGCUCCACCAUAAGCAUCAGCACUCGGCCGGUCUGCCCCUGACUCCGUUGGCUCCCCGUACCGCCUCCGUGCUCGACCCGCUCUAUGUCCCUGUCGUCAACAUUCCUCGGCAGGACUUUUCCCUCCGCACGGACUGCGUCUAUGCCCUCAAGCACGCUUUGGGCUCCGUCUCGGCCUCGUCGACGGCUCUUGUCGACGAUCUGACCUUUCUCUCUGAUCUCGGCCUCGAUGCCCUCGAGCGCAACCACGAUCUCGAGCUUGUCCUGACGGAUCACAACCGCAUCUCGCCGCAGCUCGAAAAAUACUCCAAGUACGUCACCGGCAUCAUCGACCACCAUUUCGACGACGGGCUGUAUCCGUCGGCCUCACCCCGCACAAUCGAGCUCGUUGGCUCAGCCACCUCCUUGGUCGUCCGCGAGUGGAGGUCAUACGCCAGCAGUCUCGAUUCCGAGCCCAUCGACCCGGCGCUGGCGGAGCUGCUGUUGUGUCCCAUCCUGCUCGACACCAUCAACCUCGAUCCAAAGUUUGGCCGAGUCACUCCGGUGGACCAGCAGGCUGCCGAGUCGCUGUUGCAGAUCAUCGGCGGGGCCAAGCCCGGCACCGAUCUGCAGGCAUAUGCGAGCACGAUCUUUGGCGGCCUGCAGGCCGCCAAGUUCUCGGUCAGCGAUCUGUCCUCCUGGGACCUGCUCCGCAAAGACUACAAGGAGUGGGUGAUGGAAGGCUUCCGGGUCGGCAUCAGCAGCGUGACUUGGUAUCUGGAAGGCCCCGGCGGCUGGAUCGAGCGGGAUGGACUCGAAAGCGUUGCUCGGUCCUUGGAGGCCUUUGGCGAGGACCGGCAGCUGGAUCUCCUCGUUGUUAUGGCAGCCUUUGACCACGCCUCCGAUUUCGCCGACUCGCAGCAAGCCGAUCGCGGGUUCAAUCGGGAGCUUGCCGUCCACGUUCCCGCAGGGCAGCGGCUCAGCAGCACUUCUGUGCAGAGCCGGCUCUUUGGGGUGCUGGAGGGCUCGUCUGCGUUGGGUUUGGAGCCUUCGCAGCAUGAACGAGUCUUGUCAAUGCGACUCUACAGCCGCAUGGACGCCAAGUACUCCCGGAAGCAAUUCCAGCCCCUCCUGAACGACAUGCUGAGGGAUAACAAGUAGAGACAAGUAGAGACUCAAGCCGCUCCAUGACCGACUGUGUCCCGCCUCCAUCACUCGCAGUGAAGUCGAAUGAUGCCUGGCGUCCCGACGACCGUUUUCUGGUUUCUGAAUACACACUCGCUCGCUUGCUCA